CCCCACCUUGUGCGCAUGCGUGGUAAUGGUCUACUCGGGGACGUGCGUUUGACCGCAGUGUGUUUAGGUUUAUAACUUUAGAUUUUGUAAAGUGGCUUAUUAAAGGAUUUAUUCAGACUUUAUUUAUUUAUUCCUUCACUCGGCUAGCUGAGUGGUGUUACUGAGACACAGACCUCUCAGUGUGUGUGUGUGUGUGUGUGUGUGUGUGUGUGUGUGUGUGAAGCAUGCGUCUGACGGCUCUGCUCUCCAUGGCGGCGAAGGCUGCGUUUCCCCGGGAUUACCGCUACGGGACGAACAGGCCGUGGACGGUGGCGGCGCGGAGACUCAAUCCUCCGGGGAAGAGGAGGAGGAAGGUGUUCGUGGAGCCGAUCAGCCCUGAGGACUGGAGUGUGUUCAGAGGGGACGUGGUGGAGAUCCUCUCGGGUAAAGAUAAAGGGAAGCAGGGGAAAGUCACUCAGGUGUUUCGCCACCGUAACUGGGUCAUCGUCGAGGGGUUCAAUACGCACUACAGGUACAUCGGCAGGUCUGGAGACUACAGAGGGACGUACAUUGGGAGUGAAGCUCCUCUGCUGCUGAAGGACGUCUCACUGGUCGACCCCACAGACAGGAAAGCCACGGAGACGGAGUGGAGGUUCACAGAGGAGGGAGAGAAGGUCCGGGUUUCCGUCAGGACGGGGCGGAUCAUCCCCAAACCCGUCUUUCAGAGGAGGGACGGCAUCAUACCACAGCAGUGGAAAGAUGGACCGAAGGACACGUCUCCUGAAGACGCUCUGGAGAAAACGUACACUCCGUCGCUGAAGACUCUGGAGGAGGAAGUGAUGGAGAAAAUGAACAUCCAGGAACCGAGAAGACCCCGAAGAAGCUUCUGGUACUGAGACGCAGAAGACGCAGAAGACGCAGAAGCAGGAGGACGGCAGAAUGUUCUUUAAGCUGUAAUGACAACGUGGAUUUGCAAUAAACGUGUGUUUGUCCGA